AUGGACGCCCGUCCAGACGCCAAUCGAGCAGUAGUCGUUAUUACUGAUGGAGAGUCACUAAAGCCGGAAAAGACUAAAAUAGCCGCAGAGGCAUUACACCAGGAAAACAUUUUGACAUUGGCCAUUGGUGUUGGUCAGAAAAUUAAUACGAAUGAAUUAAAGACGAUUGCGUCGACAGAUGAAAACGCCAUCAGUGUCAAGGAUUUUCUGGCUUUGCAAAAGGUCGAGAAACAAACUAACAUAAGUUUUAUAAACACCAGCAUCGUUUGCAAAUUCGCUAAGAAUAUUUUUCUUCAUUCAUUCUUCAUUCAUUUUUCGUUCAUUCUUCAUUCUUCGUUCAUUCUUCGUUCUUUCUUCAUUCAUUCUUCAUUUAUUCUUCGUUCAUUCUUCAUUCAUUCUUCAUUCAUUCUUCGUUCAUUCUUCGUUCAUUCUUCAUUCAUUCUUCGUUCAUUCUUCGUUCAUUCUUCAUUCAUUCUUCGUCCAUUCUUCGUUCAUUCUUCAUUCAUUCUUCAUUCAUGCUUCGUUCAUUCUUCAUUCAUUCUUCGUUCAUUCUUCAUUCUUCGUUCAUUCUUCGUUCAUUCUUCAUUCAUUCUUCAUUCAUGCUUCGUUCAUUCUUCAUUCAUUCUUCGUUCAUUCUUCAUUCUUUGUUCAUUCUUCAUUCAUUCUUCGUUCAAUCUUCGUCCAUUCUUCGUUCAUUCUUUAUUCAUUCUUCGUUCAUUCUUCGUUCAUUCUUCGUUCAUUCUUCGUUCAUUCUUCGUUCAUUCUUCGUUCAUUCUUCAUUCUUCGUUCAUUCUUCGUUCAUUCUUCAUUCUUUGUUCAUUCUUCGUUCAUUCUUCGUUCAUUCUUCAUUUAUUCUUCGUUCAUUCUUCAUUCAUUCUUCAUUCAUGCUUCGUACAUUCUUCAUUCAUUCUUCGUUCAUUCUUCAUUCUUUGUUCAUUCUUCGUUCAUUCUUCGUUCAUUCUUCAUUCAUUCUUCAUUCUUUGUUCAUUCUUCAUUCAUUCUUCGUUCAUUCAUCGUUCAUUCUUCAUUCAUUCUUCAUUUAUUCUUCGUUCAUUCUUUAUUCAUUCUUCAUCCAUGCUUCGUUCAUUCUUCAUUCAUUCUUCAUUCAUGCUUCGUUCAUUCUUCAUUCAUUCUUCGUUCAUUCUUCAUUCUUUGUUCAUUCUUCGUUCAUUCUUCGUUCAUUCUUCAUUCAUUCUUCGUACAUUCUUCGUUCAUUCUUCAUUCAUUCUUCGUUCAUUCUUCAUUCAUGCUUCGUUCAUUCUUCGUUCAUUCUUCAUUCAUUCUUCGUUCAUUCUUCAUUCAUUCUUCAUUUAUUCUUCGUUCAUUCUUCAUUCAUUCUUCGUUCAUUCUUCAUUCAUUCUUCAUUCAUUCUUCGUUCAUUCUUCGUUCAUUCUUCAUUCAUUCUUCGUUCAUUCUUCAUUCAUUCUUCAUUUAUUCUUCGUUCAUUCUUCAUUCAUUCUUCAUUCAUUCUUCGUUCAUUCUUCAUUCAUUCUUCAUUUAUUCUUCGUUCAUUCUUCAUUCACUCUUCAUUCAUUUUUCGUUCAUUCUUCGUUCAUUCUUCGUUCAUUCUUCAUUCAUGCUUCGUUCAUUCUUCGUUCAUUCUUCAUUCAUUCUUCAUUUAUUCUUCGUUCAUUCUUCAUUCAUUCUUCAUUCAUGCUUCGUUCAUUCUUCAUUCAUUUUUCAUUCUUUGUUCAUUCUUCGUUCAUUCUUCAUUCAUUCCUUUUCAUUCUUCAUUCUUCAUUCAUUCCUUUUCAUUCUUCAUUCUUCGUUCAUUCUUCAUUCAUUCUUCAUUCUUUGUUCAUUCUUCAUUCAUUCUUCAUUCAUUCUUCGUUCAUUCUUCAUUCUUCGUUCAUUCUUCGUUCAUUCUUCAUUCAUUCUUCGUUCAUUCUUCAUUCUUUGUUCAUUCUUCGUUCAUUCUUCGUCCAUUCUUCGUUCAUUCUUCAUUCAUUCUUCGUUCAUUCUUCGUUCAUUCUUCAUUCUUCGUUCAUUCUUCGUUCAUUCUUCAUUCAUUCUCCGUCCAUUCUUCUUUCAUUCUUCGUUCAUUCUUCAUUCAUUCUUCAUUCUUUGUUCAUUCUUCGUUCAUUCUUCAUUCAUCCUUCAUUCAUUCUUCGUUUAUUCUUAAUUCAUUCUUCGAUCAUUCUCUCUCUCUCCUUGAUUUUCCUUCGUUCGUAUUUCCACAGUGUACCUCUCGGUGUGUUAUUACAUAAUCCAAGCAAACACGUGGUUCAAAUCUCUUUAGGUCAGUUCCUUACAACAUCUUAUGAUGAGGGCUUUUCGUUAAGUUGGCCGAGAGGUUUAAUUCUUCCCCCACUUCACCCAUCGCCCGAGACAUUGCGUAUGGCCAUCGGUUUUUCGCAAUCAACAGGCGCCGAUUGA